UAUGAUAGAGCACUGCACGUACGUCCCUCCUCUUGUAGGGGGACCAUGCCAUUCUCGUUUUGGACGUCAGUGUCUUACUAAAUAAUGUCAGAGAAUUUCUUUUAAGUGUGGAAGAACAUAUAGGAUUAAUACAGAAAUUAAACACGUGUCACGGAUUUAUACAUCUGAAAAACGGAUCGAAUGGGCGUGUCAUCAUGGCCCACUGGCGUCGCAUGAUGGACGUAUCACGACGGAGUCUUUGUCGGCGGUGUGUUUUUCCGGAGGCUCUACAGGACCCGUACAGACUAUGGGACACCUUGCCUUGUCCUCCUCCGUGGAACAAGGAAAUAAUCUUUUCCACGGAGUGGAACCGGCGGCUCGGACUAGAAGAAGGAUUACGGAUUAUCUUUAGAAUAGCUAGACGGUGUAACAUUACAACGCCGGAUACACAUCAACUACCGGGGCGUGUAGCGGCAUCCAUGAUUCUGACGUCAUGCGAAGUUGGUUGUCGCAGUGUCGUGGUAUUGACUUGUCUCAUUCUCCUCAUUGCUGGAGUCUUCAUUGUGGCCUACCUUAUAUACACAUCGGAGCGUCACCGGAAGUUGACUAUCGCUGGUAAGAAGGAGAAACGACGUUGGAACUCAGCGCCUCCGGAGAGAAAGACAAACGGUGACAGCAGCCAUGUGUCAUAUGGAGGACAAACGGAAGUGAAGAAUGACAUUUGUAGACGAGAACUUUAUGUGACACUAGAGGGCGUUGGAGGGUCGCCGCCUACUGGAGAAAAUGUCAGAUUUAUGCACCAUUGCCAGUUAAAUACCUAUGGAAAUUUACCGGACAUUCCUGUGGCAGGGCAUUCAAAUUUAAAUCUGUCAUUGAAAAGUCAAGGCCAUCGCAAUGGAAAUUCACCGGAUUCUUCAACACUUAGCACUUUUCAGUUCGACACGAAGAGUGAAGGCCGUGGAGAUUCCUUAGAACAUUUUUAUGAAACCCUUGGUAGGAAGUCAUCAACAAAAUCAACAAUCUGCGAUGGCUAUAAGACAUUCAGGGACGGUAGUAUGAAACUAGAAACUCCCGAUGAGGAGGACGCACGGACUAAUGGCGAAGACAAAUCGCCUAACGAUCAUUUGUAUGAAACCCUUUCCUUGAGAAACGGGGUGAGCAAUCUGGAUUUCCCGCCCAGUACCAAAAUUGUUGACACUCCAUUAGCCGGGAAUGUUGUCAGACGGUGGGAAUAUCAAGCCACGCUUAAUCGCAAGGCUCGGGUUAGGUGGACAGAAGGACUUGAAGGAUGAACUUCCACACGAAUUAUAUCAAAGUGUCUGUAAAUGUUUGCUUGAAUGUAUUCAUGAAAGUAUUAUGGAUUUAUUUACAUAAACAAUGAAAGUAUCGAUAUUAAUAUUCAAGUAUUAUACAUGUAGGUUUACAUGUACAGUAUCUUACAGUGUAAUUUUAGUAUAGCUUCACCAAUGGUGAUAUAAUGGAAAAGAUUUGGUGAAGAAUGGAUAUUAUCUAACAUUUCAACAUAAAUUAAUGUUUUAAAGUCAAUUUCGAGAGGUCAUGUUGUAAAUCAACACAUUAAUGUUAACAAAAUAUAAAACGAAAUUUACACUUAAACCUAAAUUAAUUUUCACAAAUUGUGAUAAUAUAAACAUUAUCAUUUUCUUGUGUGUCAUCCAUGUAACUAUCUUCAAACUGUUAACAAUGUAUUUUCACGGAUCUUUAUAUCAAAAACAAGUUAUUGGGGAAUAUCCAAAUAUUAAGACAGUUGUAUUAUAUAUGUUAGCAGGUUUACCGAAUAUUUUCUGAAGCGGUUAGGAUUAAAUGAUACUGUUGGUUGUUUUGUAUAGAAAAGUCAGUUAAAGAUAGAAGUGGGUUAUAUAUCAAAUAAGGUUGUAUUAUUGUACAAGACUAUCUGAUGGUCGGCCGGUGCUUCUAUGUUAUUUUCAUAUAUAUGUAGUCCAUGAGGAGUGAUUGUAUCAAAAAGUAUUUAAUGUGUGAUCGAAAGAUUGAGUUUCAAGAGUUGAUUUUAAAAGGUUGACGAAGAUUUCACUUGUAUAUAAACAUAAACUAUACGGUGUCCGUUUUAUUUACAUUCCGUAAUUUAUAUUGCCCUACUGUAACUGGCAUUAGUUGUAUAGAGUUAUGUCCCCUGUAACUAAUGAAAUGGUUAACCAUAAAAAUGGUGAUGUGCGUCAAAAUAUCACAAGGUCACAACAGAUACUUACACGUUUAUAUGUACGUCAUAUAUAAUUGAUAAUUAAGGUCAAAUAUCACAAGGUCUCAAAAAUACUAACAUAUGUACAUCCUAUAUAAUAGAAACUACGCUCACUUAACGUUAUUUUCUUUUUUUUUGUUUUGUCGUCUCUAAAAGCAGAAAAAACAGCUAUUGAUAAUUCAAAGCGACGCCUUGUUGCUACGCCAAAGAAAUACAAAAAUGUCAUUUCACAUUUUGAAUGAACCUUGUCGAGAAGAAUUCGUGAGGAAAAUACAUACAUAUAUAUAUAUAUAUAUACACAAAUGUAGCCCUAUUCAGUCGCCAUGAUUUUUCGCAUUAAGUUAGGUAUACCGACAAAAGACUGAGUAUACAUGUUGUUGACUCAUGUGUUGUUUAGUAAUGUACUUAAUAAGGACCUAUAAUGAAUAGCUGUAUGAAUAUCAAAUAUCUCCUAAAGUGUAAUGAUGUGUUUCAGAUAUGUAUACACAACGACAAAAUAAACAUCUCUCCUAUC